CCAAUGACCCAACCAAAAAAGGAAUUAAAUAAAUCCUCAUCUGAACCGCCGAGAACAGAAAGUGUCCUUUUAUGGCCCUCCCAAUCUAGGGUUUCAAUUCGGACCCGCCAAAUUCCCAACUCCACAAACCCUACUGUAUCAGUGCAUCUAUCUAUUGCAUUGCCUUCGCAUGUGUCCGAUCUUUCACCGAGACUCCAUUGCUGAUUCGAAAUCGACACAGCUUUACAAUCACCGACAAUGUCGUCGCCUAAGGCGUCGCCUUCUGUUUCCGCCUCCGCUUGCAGAUCAGAACCUCCCAACGACCCCACGAUGGCGGAGCUGCAAGAAACAAGUGUAUCUCCCAUGGACAUUUUAUCAGUUAUUGAUUCUUUCAAGAAACAAGUUGCUGUUGACCGCUGUUUAUAUAUAAAGAAAAGAAUGGAAGAUAACAGGCUAAAACUGGCUGAUGUCAGCAACCAUCUUUAUAAAUUAUCAUUGGAAAGAAAAAACAGUAAGUUAAUCGGCAUUGAUAAAAGUGUAGAUUUAUUGACAAAGAGGCAGAAAGAUGCAAUUGACAUGCAAAAUGGUAAUGAUAUAAAUAAUGGAGACAAAGAAAGCAAUAGCUCCCAAGAAGAUGGCCAUGCAUCUUCAGCAAUUCUUCUAGGAUCUAGUAUUGCAGUAAAGAAUGUUGUUCGCCCUAUCAAGCUUGCAGAAGUGAAAAGAUUACCUCCUUACACAACUUGGAUUUUCUUGGAUAGAAAUCAAAGAAUGACAGAGGAUCAGUCAGUAGUAGGUCGGAGGAGAAUUUAUUAUGAUCAAAAUGGCGGUGAAGCUCUAAUUUGCAGUGACAGUGAGGAAGAAGUAAUUGAUGAUGAAGAAGAAAAAAAAGAAUUUGGGGAUUCUGAAGAUUAUAUUCUUCGAAUGACCAUCAAAGAAGUUGGUUUAUCUGAUGCUGUGUUGGAUAUGCUGGCGCAGUGUUUUUCUAGAAAGCCUUCUGAAGUUAAGGCAAGAUACGAAGUUCUUAUCAAGGGAGAUAAUGCUGCGGCAGUCUCCAAGAAUGGGGAUACUGAAGGGGCUGUGGAUUCAUUUCUUGAUAAAGAUCUUGAUGCCGCUCUGGAUUCUUUUGACAAUCUAUUUUGUCGUCGCUGUCUUGUCUUUGAUUGUAGAUUGCAUGGGUGUUCACAGGAUCUUGUCUUCCCUGCUGAGAAACAACUUCCAUGGUGCUAUCCAGAUGAUAAAAAUGUACCAUGUGGCCAGCAUUGUUAUCAACUGGUCCUAAAGUCAGAAUCUAACGCUGCAGCAAGCUCGCCCAUACAAGUCGGUUUUGACGAAAAACCUGUUCCUGCAUCUGAUGCUGUUGGGUCUCAGAUAUCGAGGAGGAAUUCUGCAGGACCAUCUGUACGAAGGAGGGCAAAGUCCUGCCAAAAUGGUAGUGCUUCAUCAAGUGCAAGAAACAUAUCAGAAAGCAGUGACUCAGAGAUUAGACCCAUACAAGACACCCCUUCUACCCCGGGCUCUUUAUCAUCACCCAAGACUAAGCUUGUUGGAAAAUGUGGGGCUCGGAAAAGAAAUAGCAAACGAGUUGCUGAGCGUGUUUUAUUUUGCAUGCGGAAAAAGCAGAAGAAAGCAGUGGCUUCUGAUUCUGAUUCUGUUUUAAGUGGAAGCCUUGGUUCAAGAGAUGUGAAAAUUCGAUCUAAUUCACAAAAAGACAAUGAAGAUGCUAGUUCUUCUUCACAGAAAGCAAAAUCUCCAAGUGCUGGAAGGUCUAGGAAGAAGGGAUUUCCGAUCCUGCACAAUCACAAAACUGUACAGGGUGAAGCUCCUGAUGGUCCACUAGAUGGCAUUAUUAGUGGACGACAUGCCACUUGCAGUGAUGACACCUUGAGGAAAGAAGAGUUUGUGGAUGAGAACACCUGUAAAUAUUAUGUAAGUGAUGAUAAAUCCUGGAAAGCUAUUGAAAAAGCCCUUUUUGCAAAAGGUGUGGAGAUUUUUGGCAGGAACAGCUGUUUAAUUGCUCGGAAUCUCAUGAAUGGUAUGAAGACAUGUUUGGAGGUAUAUCUUUACAUGAAUUGCUCUGAGAAUAACCUGUUCUCCAGAGCAGGUGUUGGUGCAAAUUCUUUAGUUGAGGGCAAGGUUGACUGCAAUGAUACUACGGGUAAUGAACCUAGAAGAAGAUCAAGGUUUUUGCGUAGGAGAGGCAGAGUUCGUCGCUUAAAGUAUAGUUGGAAGUCUGCUGGCUACCACUCAAUUAGGAAACGGAUUUCUGAGAGGAAAGAUCAGCCUUGCCGGCAGUACAACCCAUGUGGAUGUCAAUCUGCCUGUGGAAAGCAGUGUCCUUGUCUUGUAAAUGGGACCUGCUGUGAGAAAUACUGCGGAUGUCCAAAGAGUUGCAAGAACCGUUUUAGAGGCUGUCAUUGUGCCAAAAGUCAGUGUCGAAGUCGUCAAUGUCCGUGCUUUGCUGCAGACAGGGAAUGUGAUCCAGAUGUUUGCAGGAAUUGUUGGGUCAGUUGCGGUGAUGGCACUCUUGGGGUUCCUUGCCAAAGAGGCGAUAAUUAUGAAUGUAGGAACAUGAAGCUUCUUCUUAAACAGCAACAAAGGGUUUUGCUUGGAAGAUCUGAUGUAUCUGGUUGGGGUGCUUUCUUGAAGAAUAGUGUUGGCAAGCACGAAUAUCUUGGUGAGUACACUGGAGAACUGAUCUCACAUCGUGAAGCAGACAAGCGUGGCAAGAUCUAUGACCGUGAAAAUUCUUCGUUUCUCUUUAAUCUGAACGAUCAGUUUGUUCUUGAUGCUUAUAGGAAGGGGGACAAACUGAAGUUUGCCAAUCAUGCUCCAGAUCCAAAUUGCUAUGCAAAGGUCAUUAUGGUCACAGGGGAUCACAGAGUAGGCAUAUUUGCCAAAGAACGAAUUUGCGCAGGGGAGGAACUCUUUUAUGAUUACCGUUACGAGCCAGACAGAGCUCCUGCUUGGGCAAGGAAGCCCGAGGCAUCUGGUACCAAGAAAGAUGAUGUUGCUCCUUCGAGUGGACGUGCAAAGAAGCUCGCUUAAUUGAGAAUUCAUUUCAAUCGCUUUUGUCGUUUCAAUUCUUUUCCAUUCUUUCUCAGAUAGAAGCAUCAUUCUCAUUUACCUAAAAGGAAUGGGACUUGAUCAUUUUGUUGCUUGAGGCCAUUGCUAUCUCCGCACCUAACUCAUUGGAUUUUAUUUCCGAUUCAUGCUUAUUCCAAAGCUCAAGUUGUGAACCAAAGCCAGAAAGAAUUCAAAGUCUAGUAACUCAAUUCCAGUAUCUUACAUCAAAUUCUUUUACACGUAGAAAAGGAAACAUGGCAGAUUUGGUCUUGUUAAGUCCAGUCUUGACGGAGCAUGGGAUGGGAGGUUGGUUAAGGGGAAAUUGUUUUGUAUGCAACGUGACUGAUUAUUGAAAAUUUAUGCUUAAAUUAUAAAUUUUUUUCUUUUCUUUUUCUAACACA